GACGCCGCAGCCGCGUUUCCAGCCGGGGCUGUUUUCUCUGCCCGGGGAGGUUUCGGGGGGCGCCGGCGGAAGCGGAAGUGGCGGCGGGAGGGAUGGAGGAAGCGGAGAUGCAGCUGAAGGUGAAGAAAGUGACGGACAAGUUCACGGAGAGCCUGUACGUGCUGGCCAACGAGCCCUCGGUGGCGCUGUACCGGCUGCAGGAGCACGUCCGCCGCUCCCUGCCCGAGCUGGCCCAGCACAAGUCGGACAUGCAGAGCUGGGAGGAGCAGAGCCAGGGAGCCAUUUACACCGUGGAGUACGCCUGCAGCGCCAUCAAGAGCAUGGCAGACAGCAGCGUGUACUUCAGGAGCAUCGACAGCCUGCUCCGGCAUUCCAUCGCCCUCCGGGAGCGGCUCGGCAGCGCCCAGGGCCGCAGCACCAUCGCCCCCCAAUCCAAGAAUCCUCCAGGCACUUCCUGACUUUCCAUCCUGAAUUUCCCAACCUUGGGAAGAAGUGGAAAAAAACCUCUGGGGCUGCACAGGUAGAGAAGCCCCUGAAUUCCCAGGGGGAAAAAAAAGAGCUGGAAAAAUCCCAAAUCCUGCUUUUUUGGGCCUCUUUUCCAUGGUUUGUGUUUCACCUUCCCAGUUUUUUUUCCAGGCUUUUUUAUUCC